CGGAACCUACGGAACCUACGGAACCUACGGAACCUACGGAACCUACGGAACCUACGGAACCUACGGAACCUACGGAAGAACCUACGGAACCUACGGAACCUACGGAACCUACGGAAGAACCUACGGAACCUACGGAGAAAUCUUCCGAAAAAAGAACCUACGGAAAAGGAGAAAAUUUAGUUUCUGCAAUUAGUAAAGGAGGAAAAGCAAACACGAAGACAAAAGAAAUGUUAUUGAAAAAGAUGUCAUCGAAUGAAAAACUUGUGCCGAGCUUUCCCAGAGUACGUAGAAGCUUAUUUGCUAAACUAGGAUUGAGGACAUUAGCUGAUGAACCAAAAUGGACUUGUUUCAUUAAAAAAACAGACGAUUCGAAACAGACUGUCACACGUGGAUGCAUUCUUGCAAACGAUAUAGAUUGUGAAGAAAAUGGUACAACAUGCUGUACGGAAGAUCUCUGUAAUAAUGCUAAUAUGAUAUCAAUUAGCAAGAUAACUUUGUUAUGCCUGAUACUGUCAUGGGCAGUUACGUAUAUUUUUACAGAUUUUCAUUAGUUCUUGAAUUUAUAACAUUAAGCUGUGCGUUAUUUAAUUUAAAAAUAUAUGUUCACUUUUAUAUAUCCGACAAUAUUUUAUAUUGACGCACAUUCGUGUAUGUUAAAUGAAAUUCUUAUAAAUAAAUUAAAGUAUGUCUUUUUAAGAUUGAUGAACAGAAAUGCGAAAUAACGUCAAGUGCUUGUGCGAUACUUAUCGAUACGUAAAUAACACGUCGUCAAACUAAAAUAGAAUAAACGCUAUCCACGAAAAACCUAAUGUAUUAUAUAUGUAGCCAAUAAAAUACAGAAUAUAUAAGUCUUUCUCUCAUUAUAAACUA